AUGAACACGUCAUAUAAUGGACGCCAUGGUUUAUGCAUCCGCGAGGAGAUAAUCAGCUAUUGUGUUUUCAUGGAGAAAAAACCCAAUUCCUUGUGGAAGUCUCCUGUGUAUUUCGUGCAGAGAAAUAAUAGAAAUAGUUGUUAAACGCAUGGUAGUCAUUGAGCAUUCUUGCGUGAGGUGCGAAGUGUGUUAAGUGAAGAACGAGUGUGCACGUAAGUGUGUACGAGCUGCGUAAAGGUUUAUAACAUCAAGGACUUAUGUUUGUAAAACGAACUUUUUUAAUGAAAUCAAUGACGAGAAAGAUGGUUUUGAGUAUGUUUUGUGGUGCUGACGUUGCUAUUAAGAAUAAUAUUUACGACGAACUUUCCUAGGCAUAGCCUUCGCGUUUUAAAAAAGACUGCAUAGAGACGUCAAACGAGUAUGAUGUGUUAUUAUCUGAAAUACAGAAAAACUCGAAGACUCCUCGCCUUCUCAUAUUAAAUAGGCUAAAAAAGUACAUUUUAGCAAGACUAUCUACUUAUAAUAAACCUUACGAUAAACUUUUGUACAUAAAGUUUAAAAGAGAUAUUUGUGUUCCAUAGAGCAACAAGAAUUGUGUCACUACACUCUGUUAAAUUAAAGAAAGAAAAUCUCUGCAACAUUUAAAGCAUGUUUAUUUUUAACUUAUACAUGGACUUAAAUGCUCAUGAAUUAUUAAGAAAAAGGAGCUUUUCCUUUGCUGAACAUUGUUUCUAGCAAAACAAAAACUUUAGCGGUAUUAGAUAUAAUCUAUAUCUACUUGAAGCAAGAAAUGCUUGAAGUCUUGCAGUAAUAGUAGAUAUAUAUUGAAAACUUCUAUAAGACUUAUAAAUAUUUUAAUUAAACUGCAUAAGGACAAUUUUAAUAUUAAACAUUUUGACAAAUGGACUUUUUAAUCUUUUACCACAGUGACUUAAAUCGGAUUUCAUGUGCAAUCUUCUGAACUUUUCUUCUCAUAUACUAAAAAUGUUACUACAUUAUUUCCUACUACGUAAUUGUUGUAAAAUCUACAAGAUCCAUUCAAAUAUGAUAUUGUUCUUGGACAAGUAUUAUUGCAUACUGGAUAUCCAUCUAGUAAGCCCUUUUUUAUAUUUGCGUUUCAGAAAAGGUUUAAAGGCACCAGAACUGCAUUGGCUCUCUCUUCAUACAAGAAAACCCGAAAAAUCCAGAAAUACAAAGCCUGGAUGACGGGACAAGUGACAACAUACUUUUGAGCAAUAGUGAAAGUGAUCAAAUAAAAAGUGAAAAUAUGGACAAUAAUACAGAUGGAGACAACUUAAAUCUGAGCUGCGGGGAAAAUGACAUAGUGGAUGAAUUAAAAAUUGCUGCAGAUGAAACUUAUGAUACACGUAGUGAAGUUUCAUCUAGUAGUUCAAAUUCUGAUUCUAGUCAACCAAGCAUAAGCUCUGUUUCAACAAAAUCUUCACGUGGAGAUAAUAAACGUAAUCGAAAAAAUAGGGGAAAGCGUGCUAGAUCCAGAGAUUCUAAAUCUUCUAGCCCUGAAACAAAACGUGCAAGAUCUAAGGAGAGCAAAGGAGUUACUAAGAGCUAUGAUUAUGCAACAAAAUUAAAUUACUUGUUUAGAGAUGCAAGAUUUUUCAUCAUCAAAUCAAAUAAUGCUGAAAAUGUCACACUAUCAAAGGCUAAAGGAGUAUGGAGUACAUUGCCCCAAAAUGAAGCCAAUUUAAAUCAAGCUUAUAGAGAGUCCAGAAAUGUUCUGCUUGUUUUUUCUGUAAAAGAAUCAGGGAAGUUUGCUGGGUUUGCAAGACUAAGUACAGAAUCUAGAAGAGAUGGAGCACCAAUUUCUUGGGUACUACCACCUGGGUUGUCUGCAAAAGCUUUGGGUGGUGUAUUUAAAGUUGAUUGGAUAUGUAGGAAAGAAUUACCAUUUACAGCAACACUACAUUUAUAUAAUCCAUGGAAUGAUGGUAAACAGGUGAAAAUCGGUCGUGACGGGCAGGAAAUCGAACCAAGAGUUGCAGAAGAAUUAUGCCGAUUAUUUCCAGAAGAUGAAGGAAUUGAAAUGACCCCUAUUUUGAGAAAAUCUAAGGAAGCAGCAAAACAUAUUAUGAAAUCUCGUUCAUAUCGGGAUAAUAGACCUGUUAACAGCAGCCCUAGAUUUUUACGCUCAAGGGGAGGCAGAGGACGUAGACUUUUCUUAACUUCACGAUCUCGUUUAGCUUCAUUAGCUAGAGGAUCCCAUUUAGUUGGUACUGAACAUAGAGGAUCAAGAGAUCAUCAUCAUCAUCGGGGAUAUGGUAGCACAGGAUUGGGUGUAGCUGCUGCAGCUGAAGCAUAUGUUGCAGAUUAUAUGCGUACUAUGCAACAUCAGUUGCCUCCUCUACCUCCUUAUGCUGCACCUCAUCCAUAUGAUUCUUUACCUCCGCCGCCGCCACCACCUAGGUAUUACGAUGGUUUACCAUUACCACCUGAUUACAGUGCAGCGGCAUCCGCACUUGAAAAACGUAGUUAUGAAAGGAGUGUAGACGAAUUCUUGUGGAGAACAGCAAGUCGUCAUAGUCGACACAGUGAUCAUCGAUCCUCUCGUGAUCAUCAUCAUAGAUAUAGGGACCGUAGAUAAGAAAUUUUGAAUAUUAUCUUCAUUCACCUAUUCUCUCAUUUCCUCAUUCAUGCACAUAUAGUAAGGGUUUUUAAGGUACCGUAAUACUUAUAAUCAUGGCAAUAGUAAAUGUUUAAUUAUCAUGUGAUUAUUCGUACUAAUAAUUCAGAAAGAAGUAAUUUAAAGCUUUAAUUGUAUACAUAAACAUAUUUACAUAUUUGAGUAAUACUUCGCUUUUAACGAAUUGAUAUAUCAUUUUAAAUGAAAUAAUACGAAAUUGUAAAAAUAAUUUAAUCAAUUUUUUCUUUUACAUAAUAUGUAACAAAAAACCUGUAAAACUGAUUCACAAUUUACCAGCUCUUGUGUUAUAUGCAUUUAGUAUCAAUGAAACAAGUUUUUUGACUAAUAGUCCACUUACUUUCUAAUUUUUAUUACUUAUUUUCUAAUCUUUUCAUUAUAUUCAAUUUAAAUAUAUAUAUAUACGUAUAUUUUUGUAAUUUUUACAUAUGUUGAUAUAUUUGAGCUUUUUUACAAAUAAAGAUAUUGAAUUGUGAAUCAACUAAAUCACGAUAAACAACUGCUUUUGCAUUAUCUAAUAUGCAAAUUUCUAUAAUCGAAUUGUAUCAUUUUAAUAUAGACCACUGCCGUCGAUAAAAAUUUACUUUUCCAGCACUCCAAAAUGAUUAAAACGAAUAAACUACUUAAUAUGAACUACAAUCUUUUCACAAACAAAAAUUUAUGAAGAUAAUCAAUAGCAGAAAAAAAUAUUUUGGUCAUAAUUAGCAAUAUGUAUCACUCAUAAACUGCAUGUAAUUAUCACUAUUAAUUACAGAAACAGCCUAAUAUUAUGAAUAUAAACUGAUUUAUAUAGCAUGUUUUUGACGUUAUUUCGUAGUAAAGAUUUUAAAAAAAUUAA